AUGGUGCAGAAAUCCCGCAACGGAGGCGUCUACCCGGGGCCCGCCGCUGAGAAAAAGCUCAAGGUGGGCUUCGUGGGGCUGGACCCGGGCGCCCCGGACUCCAGCCGGGACGGAGCGCUCCUCAUCGCCGGUUCCGAGAGCACCAAACGGGGCAGCAUCCUCAGCAAGCCCCGCUCCGGGGUCUCGGGUAGCGGAAAGCCCCCUAAAAGGAAUGCUUUUUACCGCAAGCUGCAGAAUUUCCUCUACAAUGUGCUGGAGAGACCGCGGGGCUGGGCUUUCAUUUACCACGCAUACGUUUUUCUACUAGUUUUCUCCUGCCUGGUGCUGUCUGUCUUUUCGACCAUUGAUGAGUACCAGAACAGCUCAGAAGGGGCCCUUUACAUCCUGGAAAUCGUCACCAUCGUGGUGUUCGGGGUCGAAUACUUUGUGAGGAUCUGGGCGGCUGGCUGCUGCUGCCGAUACCGGGGCUGGAGGGGAAGGUUAAAAUUUGCCCGCAAGCCUUUCUGCGUCAUCGACAUCAUGGUGCUGAUUGCGUCCAUCGCCGUGCUGGCGGCAGGGUCCCAAGGGAACGUCUUUGCCACCUCGGCACUCAGGAGUUUGAGGUUCCUGCAGAUCCUGCGCAUGAUCCGCAUGGACCGGCGGGGCGGCACCUGGAAGCUCCUGGGCUCUGUGGUCUACGCACACAGUAAGGAGUUGAUUACUGCCUGGUAUAUUGGCUUCCUGUGCCUCAUUCUGGCCUCUUUCCUGGUAUACUUGGCCGAGAAAGGAGAAAAUGAGCACUUUGAUACAUACGCAGAUGCACUCUGGUGGGGUCUGAUUACUCUCACCACCAUCGGCUACGGGGACAAGUACCCACAGACCUGGAACGGGCGGCUGCUGGCGGCUACGUUCACGCUCAUCGGCGUCUCCUUCUUCGCCCUUCCUGCCGGCAUCUUGGGUUCGGGGUUUGCUCUGAAGGUUCAAGAGCAGCAUCGACAAAAACACUUUGAGAAGAGGCGAAACCCAGCAGCGGGCCUGAUUCAGGCGGCUUGGAGAUUUUAUGCCACCAACCUGUCCCGGACGGACCUGCACUCCACCUGGCAGUACUACGAACGCACCGUCACCGUCCCCAUGUACAGCACGCAAACGCAAACGUACGGUGCCUCCAGACUCAUCCCUCCUCUGAACCAGCUGGAGCUCCUGAGGAACCUGAAGAGCAAAUCGGGACUGACAUUCAGGAAAGAGCAGCAGCCCGAACCAUCGCCAAGUAAAAGCAAACCGUGCAGAGAGUCACUAUGCGGAUGCUGCUCAGGAAACUCUAGUCAGAAGGUCAGUUUGAAAGAUCGUGUCUUCUCCAGUCCCCGCGGUGCUGGCACCAAAGGGAAAGGCUCUCCACAGGCUCAGGGCAUCCGGAGGUCCCCCAGUGCUGACCAGAGCAUCGAGGACAGCCCAAGCAAAGUGCCCAAGAGCUGGAGCUUUGGAGACCGCAGCCGAGCCCGGCAAGCUUUCCGCAUCAAGGGAGCGGCGUCACGGCAAAACUCAGAAGAAGCAAGCCUUCCCGGAGAAGACAUUCCUGAUGAGAACAAAAGCUGCAACUGCGAGUUUGUGACGGAAGAUUUGACACCAGGACUGAAAGUCAGCAUCAGGGCAGUGUGCAUUAUGAGAUUUCUGGUCUCCAAGCGCAAGUUUAAGGAGAGCCUUCGACCCUACGACGUGAUGGAUGUCAUCGAGCAGUAUUCAGCCGGUCACCUCGACAUGCUCUCCCGGAUUAAAAACCUUCAGGCCAGGAUAGAUAUGAUUGUGGGUCCCCCACCCCCUUCAACUCCCCGGCAUAAGAAGUAUCCAACCAAAGGACCCAUGUAUUCUUCCAAAGAAUCUCCCCAAUACUCGCCUAGAGUUGACCAGAUCGUUGGGAGAGGAUCCUCCAUGACCGACAAGGAUCGGACCAAAGGGCCAGCGGAGGGGGAGCUGCCUGAAGACCCCAGCAUGAUGGGCAGGCUUGGAAAAGUUGAAAAACAGGUUCAGUCAAUGGAGAAGAAGCUGGACUUCCUGGUGAACAUUUACAUGCAGCGGAUGGGCAUCCCACCAACGGAGACGGAGGCUUAUUUUGGGUCCAAAGAACCAGACCCAGCACCUCCCUACCACAGCCCCGAAGACAGCAGGGAGCACAUUGACAAGAACGGCUGCAUCAUCAAGAUCAUCAGGUCCACCAGCUCCAUGGGUCAGAAGAACUUCUCUGCCCCGCCAGCCCCGACCAACACAUGCCCGCCCUCGACGUCAUGCCAGCAGCAGGUCUACCAGCGGCAAAGCCAUGGCUCCUCGCCCGUUGGAGACCCCGGCUCGCUGGUCCGCAUCCCACCUCCACCCUCCCACGAGCGCUCCUUGUCAGCAUAUAGCGGUGGGCACAGGGCGAGCGCAGAGUACCUGAGGAACGAAGACAUUACAACCAAACACCACGAGAGUGCCAUGAGAGACAGCGACACGUCCAUCUCCAUCCCCUCAGUAGACCACGAGGAACUGGAGCGCUCUUUCAGCGGCUUUAGCAUCUCCCAGUCCAAAGAGAAUUUGGACAUCCUUAACAACGGUUGCUAUGCAGCUGUGGCCAAAAUCAGACCCUACAUUGCAGAAGGGGAAUCAGACACCGAUUCUGACCUCUGCACGCCCUGUGGUCCUCCUCCCAGGUCGGCCACGGGCGAGGGACCCUUCAGUGACAUGGGCUGGUCAGCCCCCAGGCAGUGA